AUAAGUAUCAUGUCUGUUCGUCAAAUAUCACGUUGUUGUCAUUAGCUGGUUGAACGACUGCUAGCUACCACUGGAACAAACAAAAAUUCACCAGUCUCUAUCAUCUAUUCAUUCGACUCUGUUCAUUCAAUUUAAAGUACAAAUAAAAUGACGGUGAAUAGUAAGGAAACGGGCGUUUUAAAUAUAGCUGUUAUCGGUGCUGGACCAUCUGGGCUUACUAGUGCAAAAAAUGCUCUCGAACAAGGACACAAGGUGGACGUUUACGAAAAGGGUGCGGCGCUUGGUGGAACUUGGGUGUAUACUGAUGAAACGGGCAAAGAUGAAUACGGUGUAAAUAUUCACAGUGCGAUGUAUGAGGAACUGAGAACGAAUUCACCGUAUCAAGUAAUGGAAUACCCCGAUCACCAUUUUCCAAACGGAACAAAGUCGUAUCCAAGACAAAAAGACGUAUUAGACUACUUAAAUUCCUAUGCUGAUCGUUUUGACUUGAAGAAACACAUACGAUUCCAUCAUUUGGUUGAAGAAGUUGUUUCAUUAAAAGACGACAAGUGGAAAGUAACUGUUAGAGAUAUGCAGAACAAAAAAACGAAUUCAGAAGUGUAUGACGUGGUUUUUGUUUGCAUCAAAAUAUAUUCUUCACCAAACUAUCCACAAAUUGAAGGUGCCAGCGAAUUCAAGGGAAAAAUCAUGCACAGCCACGACUUCAGAAAAGCCGAAGCUUUCCAUGGGGAGAAUGUUCUUGUCAUUGGUGGUGGACCAAGUGGUAUCGAUUUAGUAAUUCACCUUGCAAACACUGUGAACCAAAUAACGUUGAGCAUAUGUGAUCAAACGGCCUUUGGGUAUGAAUCGCUUAGAGAUGAAUUCGGGGAUAUUGUUUCACUAGAAAAAGAGGUAACACGUUUGACACCAAAUGGAGCUAAAUUCGAAGAUGGAUCACAACAAGAUUUCAGUGUGAUCAUUUAUGCAACAGUCAAGAUUUCAUAUGAAGUACAUAUGGGGCCCUGGAGUCCCCAAAGAACAGAAAUAGGCUAUAAUUAUGUGUACCCAUUUUUGGGUGCUGACACCGGUAUUCGUGUUGAAGACAAUUAUGUCCAAUCACUUUACAAGCAAAUUAUAAACAUUGAACAUCCUACGAUGGCUUUUGUUGGUCUACCAACAUUCGCAGUGAAUAAUCGCAUGUUUGAUUUACAGGCACGUCUUGCAUUGAAAUUCAUCUCUGGAGCCAAACCAUUGCCCUCAAAAGCCGAUAUGUUGAAGGAUACCAAAAAAUAUGUCGAAAGUCUUAGGAGAAAAGGCAUUUCCCAAAGAAAACUGCAUGUUAUACUACCAGAUGAUCAGAAGCAGUAUUGGCGAGGGAUAGAGGAAACUGCCGACAUUCAGAGCUUUCCAGAAUCUUUGUUAGACAUGUUUACCGAGGCAUUAAACUGUUUAGUGAAUGAUCCUGUCGGAUUUCGUAAAAAUAAAUACACCAUAAUUGAUGAUAAAACAUUUGUAAAAGAAAGAGAAGAGAAAAAACCAAUCGAGAAAGGGUUGGAGAGUGAAUAAAAUCAAUUCAUUUGAUACCGAAUUACUCGCCAGACAUACACUAUGUUGUAUUCUUUGUCUUUCCCCAAUCUGGUCUGUGCUGAGAUUCAG